GUGAAGCUAGAUUUUGACGGUAGGAGUAGUAGUGGGGCAUUGGGUAGGUGGAACGAGAGUCCGUUGGAAUUGGGGCGGGUAAGAUAGGAGACAUACACGGGACACUUACUCCCCACUCUCUCUCUCUCCUCUCUCUAUCCUCUUCAUUUUCUCUCUCUAUAAGAACUCUCAUCGACAUCCGUCAGACUCGCGAACAGCCAAAACGCAGGAGCUUACUCUUUCUCUCACUAGAUUUUCUCUCUCUAGCUCUUUGGUGCUCAGUUCUCAAUUGUAUGGCCGCCAAUUCGAGUAGCCGAGGGAUCGUCAACUUUGGGAAGCGAAUCGCCGAGUACCAGAUCUGGACCCGCGAUCCUUCUCGCCACCGAUCCGCUCUCUCCUCCUCUGCUGCCACCGUCAGGAGAGCUGCUCAUACCUCAGCGUACGACAAGAACCCUGAUGAGCACACCAAUCCGAGUGUGCUACCGGAUGAAGUGAUCCCCCCUACGUCUGACAAGUACUGGGCCCCCGACCCCCAAACUGGGGUUUUUGGGCCUGCCACCAAGCACUCCUCCGACGCAGGUGGUGGGCGUGACUUCCAGGCUGCCGCACCUGCUGAUGCCGGAGGUGAGGGCUCUGUUCUGGAGCAGAAGGCCUGGUUCCGCCCCACCAGUAUUGAGGACUUGGAGAAGCCUCCCAUGCACUAGGGGAUACCUUGGGACAUUGCAGAGCAACUGAUCAAGGAAUACAUAUAUAAAUAAAUAAUAUAGCGUUUGUUAACCUAUUGUAAUAGGUUCCAAUACAUAGACGCUGGUUUCAUGUUCAUAGUAAAGUGGGAAAGUUUAGUGGAAUCUUUUGUAUUCGUCAACAUUGCAGAGCAACUGAACCCAAUUAUGCAUGUAUGGAUUAUGUUCGUGGGAUAUGAUUCCAUGAUAUCUUAUCUUAAUAUGAAAUGCUUGGUUAUGCUCGUGAAA